AUGUCUCUGGAGUCGGAAGAAAUGUUUGUCAAACUAAUCUCUGUAGGCUUCAAAGAAGCUUCUUUAGAUAGUCCGACUUUCCGUGCUUCUGUGAAUUUUACCAAUCAGCAGAUUCAACAGGUUGAAGCAUGGCUCAACGGAAUUUAUACGGCACUAACUCUGAUACAGAACGGAAUGGGUAAAGUUGAGCAAGUAGCAAAUGGUAUAGAGAUGCUGAUAGUUCCUGAUGUUGUUUCCACUUCUGGCGUUAUAGACAAUGAUUACACGCAGACUGCAAUGGUCUCUACUGGUGAGGGGCUGAAGAAGAUCUUUUUAGAAUAUUCCCGAUUACUUCAUUUCGACACCCGUAUAUUAAAAUUGGUUGAAAAUCUUGUCAAAAAUGAGCUAAAUUCCUACAAAAUACAGAGGAUGCAAUUUGAGACAAUUCAACUUAGAUAUGAUAAGGUUUCCAGUUUACACCAUAAAAUGGAGAAAACAAAACCAUUGGAGCAAAUUAAAGAAGAGUCAUAUCAAUUAUACGAAGUACGAAAGCAAUAUCUGGAAAGCUCCCUUGAGUUAUAUUACCGGAUGGCAAGAUUGACUAAUAGUAUCAAUUUCACACUGAUUGAAAUUGCCAACUCUUUCUGGAGUGGGAAUUUAAACCCAGACAUGCUCCAGUUGCUUGGUAUCGCCAAAGUCCAAAUGAGUGUGAAAAGGAUUUAUGGAUGGAAAACCCAAGUUGAACAGUCAUCCAAUGACAUGAUGCGUAACAUACAAAGAACGAAAACUCAAACCGAGAUGAUGAUGACCGCUUCAAUGAAACCUCCCAGCAAGCUGACUGACUAUGAUUGUAGUUUAUUGAGUUAUAGUAACGUUUUCUUGGAGGAUGAGCCGGGAAUAAGGACUGAAAAACAUGGCUGGCUCUACAUGAAAACGUCUUCUCAAAAUAAGAUCGAAUGGGUAAGAAGGUGGGUGUUUGUUAAAGAUGGAUUAUUUGGGAUUUUCUCUUUAAGCGAUGAUAAAUUGUCUGUUCAGGAGACAAACAAGAUAGGGUUGGGUCUUAUAAACUUUAAGUUUGCUCCUGGAGAAGAACGCAGGUUUUGUUUUGAACUCAAGACUUUACGCGUCUCAAUAACUUUACAAGCUGAAACGCUAUUGGAACUUAAAACUUGGAUGACUGUGUUAAAGAUUCAGAAGGAGAGAAUUUUGAACAAAGAAUUGAACCACUGUUUUGUAAAAUGCGAGCUUCCUCCACCAAUGGAAGACUUUGCAUCGAAUAUGAGUACUUACGUUGAUACAGAACUCACUAGUACCAAGGGGCUGGAACACAUAAAGUUUUUUUACAAAGGUUUACCCUGCUCUUCUUUGUACCAGAGAAUUCAUAAAGGAGUAUUCAUAAACACUCCGGUUACCACUAGUUUGUCAGUAGAAUCUAUCUUAUUUCAAGCCCUUUUUUCCCCUCCCUCCUUUCCAAAUGCAGUUACAGCUAAUAUAUGGGGAUCCGUUAACUGGGGAAUGUACUUUUUUCCUGAAAUGAAAAGAGAAAUCUAUCCAGCUUCGAAAAAGGAAUUCUAUCCUUCAUCUUACCCUGUAGAUUUACAACUGGCAGAUAUAGAACUCAAAUCAUUAUUUGAAGUUGUCUUUGCUAAUGAUGAAAAGACUAUGCUAACAAUGAAAUGUAAUUGGAUACCCAACUCAGAGCAAGAGUUAUAUGGCCGAUCGUUUCUUACCCAAAAGCAUAUUUAUUUCUACAUGAAUCAUAUGGGUUUCGUCUCAUUGAUUAGAAAAAAUUUGGCAGACCUCAUAAACAUCGAAUGUGAUUCAAAAGAAGAUUGUGAUAUCUUAAAGCUGUACUACAGUAGUGGUUAUGUGUCUAAAGUUAAGAUAUUUUUGGACUCAGGGAUGGCUGUUCAAAAGAAAAUUAACUUGUUAAUUUUAAAUCAGAGGCGCCAAGUUCCCAGGAGUUUGCAAAGCCUACUAUCCGAUUUUAAUAACAUUGAUGAACUAAAAGGACAGGAGCAGGCAGAGUUAGCUACUCAAAGAAGAGAUACAAUCCCUUCAAUUGUACAUUCAGUUCCAACAAGUAUGGAGGCUCCAAUCGAUAUUGACUAUCAAAAGGAUUUUCAUUUGAUAUGGGACAAGGUUUACGAUUCCCCUCCUAAGGUUUUGUUUCAUGCAUUCUUGGGAGAUAAUGUUGAUAUGCUGCAUAAAGUUGUUCCAUUGGUUGAAACUUCUGGAAGUGAAACUGCUAGAACUUCUUGGCAUGCUGGUAGGAAACCUCCAGGACUGGAACGUAAGGUUUACCCAUUCAUAGGAAUCACUAGUAUUAGUUCGAAGAAGCUGGAAUUCACUCAGGUUAUUGAACAUAUGGUCAACAAUAGAUACUACGAGUUUUACCAGAUCGACCAAACUCUCAAUAUAGGAGGUAUUUUUUUCAGUACCGAAACUAGGGUGACAAUACAGAUGGUGAGUUCCAAGCGAUCAAGGUUGAAAAUUUAUUUGAGACCAAUUUUUAACUCCGCUAAGUUCAAUCUCUUCAGGCCUUUGUAUUAUCUACUAUUUAGAAGCAGAGUUACGAAAUUGGAUAGAGAGCUACAGGUGAUGUUGAAACAAUUGGGUGCCUCAAAUGAGAUAGUGAAAGCGUUACACAGUUUUGGCCCCAUCUCUCAAACCGAACAAAAAGAACAAUUAAUUCCACCUGGACAGCUUGCAGAAGUCGUUGAAAUUAGAGCUGCAGUACUAUUUUUGUUUCUGACAAAGAAAAGCCUGAUCAAAGCCUUGAAAUUCAGCUUUGGAGUAUUAUCAAAAAUUCGACUAAUUAUUGCAUCAGCAUUAAGCAUCGUGACGGCCAACCAUGUAAUCCUGUUUUGCUUGUCUUUGUCUCUGAUACUGAACUUGUUGCUGAUGGGUCAAACGGUGUCAUCAUAUUACACAUUUCACAAGACAAGUACAUUACUCUCCAAUUACAUGAAGGAGACACCGUAUUUGUUGCAAAGAUCAAUACAGCUGGCGGAUAUCAAAGACCAGAUAUCAUCAAGGACCUACAUCAAUAGCACCUCAGACCUUGUUUAUCAGCAAUUUAUGAACACAUCCUUUCUAUUCAAUUUUCCCAACGUGCAAUUACAAGAUUACAGUGAUAUCGAAACUUCUCAAUCAGCAAAAAUUUUAAAGCAAUCGUUUGAUAAUAUCGGAAUAAGACGGAAUCACCUUCUUGUACAGUUGCGAAUACUGAAUCAUGCUGAAUUGCAGAUUGCGGAAGCUGAAUGGAGAAAUUGGUUGGUUUCUGAAAGCAGAAGAUGUAACCAAGUAAGGAGAUUAGAUCGAGAUAUCACGGACGGUGUUCAAGAGACUAUUUCCAGCAUCUUGAGUUACUGUCAGCAAUGCUCAGAUCAUUUGGAGCAAGUCUAUGCACAAUCUGAAAAAUUGUUAUAG